UUGAUAAUGAACUCUCAAAUUAAUUUGCUUGGAUUAUGCUGCCUUUUGCUUGCUUUUCACUGUACUUUGAUAACGGCACGACUACCUAAACGCAAUGGAUAUUAUUACAAACAAGUACCCAGCGCACAACACAGUACAAUAUAUGGACAUUAUACUUCACCAACACAUGAGGAAACAACUAGUCAUGGACAAAAAAAUGAGGAUUCCUACUAUCACUAUCAACAAACGUCAGGAAAUUCACACAAUUCCGGAAGUGAAUCUAAGUCAGGAUACAGUAUCGGCAGCGGUCUUCGAUCAAUUGCACAAGGUUCAGCAAACCAAGCUUAUACAGCUGUGGCAAGCCAAUAUGCAGCAGCUAAACAAGCAGCUUUUAUAGCUAAAAAUACCUUAGCACAGGCUGCCACCCAAGCGGCUGCUACAGCACAAGCAGCCCUGACAGGUAAAAAGGUGUUAUUGGAAGAGUUAGAACUGGAAGCGGCUGAAGCAGCACGUGCUUUAGAACGUGAAUUGGAACAAUUUAAAGCAGCAAAAAUGGCUGCAAAAAUGGCUAAAGAAACAGCACAAUCAGCUUAUAAUCAUGUUUCCGUUAUAACAGCUGCAUUGAAUGAUGCCAAAUCUGUAGCAGAACACGCCGAUAAAACAUCCAAUGAAGUUUCUAACCAACUUGCUUCACAAUCAACAAUGGUGGGACAAGCUAAAAGUCGUUUAGAGCAUAUACAAGAACAACUUAAGCAAGCGCGCGUAGAUUAUGAGGCUACCAAGGAAGCAACAUUCAAAGCAGCUUCCGCCGCUGCAGAAGCACAAGUGAAUGCAUCAAAGGCAGGUGCACAUGCUACCAUUGGAUUGCAUGAGAACGCACAACAGCAGCAACAGCACUCAAGCAAAGGACAUGAAAGUGAUGCAGAUUUAUAUGAUGAGCAAGAUCAUACUGAACAAGCAUCUAUUGAUGAGGAAGAUCAUAAUGACUCAUAA